AGCAGCUUCUUACCCAAACAACCCGCGGGACGUGACUUUUCGACUCACAUCAUCCUGCAUUUGUUUUUCCUUUUCCACCCCCGUCUCGUUCCGUUUCUUAAGCAGCCUCUCGCGCUCCCUCGACUACAAAUGUCCAGCAACCCCCACGAUUUCAGCGACCCUAAUCGACAGGGACAGUAUCCACCUCCUCAGUGGAACACUAGUCAACCUGAGGAUAACCCUUCCGCUCAUUAUCCGCCGGCCUCCCAGUACCCUUACCCUCCGGCGUCAUAUCCUCCACCAACUGCGGAUCAUCAGUAUCCUCCACCACCGCAAUCACAGUAUCCGCCGCCGCCAAAUAUGGCUGCCAUUCACCCGCAUGUUCAGGGCCCGCAGGACCCCUACCGCCUCCCGCCUCCCCCCGGUGCUUACCGCCCCCCGGAUGUCUACGCUCAACCACCGCCGCCUCAAGUCGUCUAUCAAGCUGCCGCUCCACGACAGCGGACCGCCAUCGCUUGUCGCUAUUGCCGGAGACGGAAGAUCAGGUGCUCGGGAUUUGAGAGCUCUCAAGAUGGACGUUGCAGCAAUUGUAUUCGUUUCAACCAGGAGUGCAUGUUUACACCAGUCUCCUCCCAGGCACAAGCUUUUGUCCCCGCACACGCCGCCUACCCACACCUGAGAAACGCACAGAACCAAGGCCGUGGUGGCGCUCCGGUAAUGCUUUAUGGCGCUCACGGCCAACCUUUACCACCCCAACAACAACCUCAACCGGAUGCUACACUUCCCCCGCCACAGGGAAUGUAUCAGCCGCCCUAUGGUGGCGCAGCUCCCGUACCUCAGGACCCUAGACCUAUUGGCCGUCGUGGCUCGAGCUCUGGGUUCGAGUACCCUGAUCCCACCAAUCUGGCCCCCGUAACACCAGCAACAUCCGCUCCAGGAUAUCCGGCGCAUUCUGCCCCAAGUCCAUACUAUCCACCUCCGCCUCAGCAUGAUCGACGUCCUUCACCACAGGCGGCUUACCCAUACGAUACUCGUCAUUCCUCAUCUCCUCACAAUUCACCCUAUCCUCCAAUGCACCAUAGCCAAGGCGCGAUGACUCCUCCACCCACAUCUACCCCUGGUGGCUCGUCUCGCGGUGGCCUGAAUGUUCGUGACAUGUUGAACCCGGGGGACAGCCAGGGCCGUUCUAGCACUGAUAGUGAUAUGCUGAACGCCCUGAAUCGUCGGGGCUUGAAUCAGUAAUCCCAGCACGGUACAUCUCCACAUAC